AUGUUCGGCAGCGUGGGCGAUUGGCUGUAUCAGAGCCUCGCGGGCAUCCGCCAGCCCGAGUCGUCUACCGGCUACCGCCAGAUCGUCUUCCAGCCCCCGCCCUCCAACGUGCUCCUCUUCUCUGGCCUCCGCGGGGUCAACGCCUCGCUCGAGUGGUUGGCCGGCCGGGUGGCGUCGUCGUGGUUCAUCGCCGACGACGGCUCGUCAUUCACGGUGCGAGUGAGCGUGCCGUCGCAGUCGACGGCCAACGUGACCAUCCCGCUGCUGGACUACUCGGCCUUUGUGAUCACGGAGAGCGGCAGGCCGGUGUGGCGUGACAACGGCUUCGUGCCGGGCGUGCCCGGGGUCCAGGCCGCCCGGGCGACCAACGAGGCCGUGGUGUUCAGCGUGGCGAGCGGCAACUACGUCUUCGUCAUCGCCAACGGCAAAACCUCGGUACGCUGCACACGCACACACGCCGCACACGCCGCACACGCACACCUGACACACCCGUGGACUAGGUGA